GAAUGGCAAUUGUGUAUGAUAUCGAGUAAUUUGUAAGUAUUUGUAAGUAACACAAAUCAUAGAAAUUGAGUAUAUGAAUUUGUAUUCCUUGGCGAACUAUGGUAAUUAUUAAUUAAAAAAAAAUGGUUGUUUGUAAAGUAGGUUUACGAUCGAGAUGUUUACGUGAUAACGUCUUAUUGGUGAUAUAAGUUUUGUUUGUUGCAAUUGUUGUAACACUUCACUUGCACUUCACAUUUUGUUUUACUGUUCGGCCGAUAAAAAGUUUGUAGUGUGCGGGGAGCCUAAGGUUAUAACGAGAGGGGGGUAUACCUGCGAUCGGCCUCGUGAGGCCUCGCGACACAGUUUCUGAACAGUCACCCGACUAAAACGAUUUUAAAGACGUUAUCACGUCAAAAAAUUGCGCAGCGGUUCAGGGCGCAGUACGAAGUUAGCGGUAGAAGUGACUUUUAUUCAGGGCACCGUACGAGGUUAGCGGUAAAAAUGACUUAAUUCAGGGCAUCGUACGAGGGUAGCGGUAGAAGUGACUCGUGUUCAGAGCACCGUACGAGGGUAGCGGUAGAAGUGACUAGUAUUCAGUGCACUUUACGAUGAAUAUCACGUUACAAUUCAAAUAAGUAUAUACAUACAUUAGAUUUUGUCAAAUUUACAAUGAGGCACAAAAAUCGACGAUGGCUCUUCGUCUGGGCAGUGAUGUACUCGAUAAUGGGCGUGCUCGAGUGCGAGCUGGUGAAGAAUUCAACUAGACAAGCCACCGAGAACGUGAAAAACACGACAAAAUUCCAAGAAGCGCGUUCGGUGUUCUCACCCCGUAUGGAUUACGAACAAUGGACGCCAAUUGGACGCGGAGAUCCGUUGAAAAACGACCCCACUUAUGAUUAUGUACCACCGAUUUUGGAACAUGUUCACUACUGGGUCGACCCGUCAUCAAGAAAACCUGAUCCUCAAUCGGAAGCAAAUGCAGAAACCACUGCAGAUGGUGGUAAUCCACCAAAAACAGAGAUAUUGGUGUUGGGUGUUAGUUCAAAGAAGCCAAGUGUUCAACCACCGGUUGCUGCACCUUCUGCGGACUCACGCAGGGAUGUCUAUGACCCGUAUUUUAAAUAUGUCGAGAGUGGAACCAAGUUUACACAGAAUCAUUACCAAAGCCAAAGAGAACGGAUUUACUUCCCAAAUCCAUAUUAUUUUCCAUCUUCAGGAUAUCAUAAGAAUAAACACGACAGGUAUAAGGGUAUAUCACAGUCCCAAUCGCAGAUACCUUACACUAUAUUAAUGCCACCACCUUUACCCCGAACGGAGACACCUCUUCUAAGACCCACAACAGAUCCCAGCGCAAAUGUACAAAAUGUCCAGGUACAAGCUGGAAAUUUAGUGUACCACGCAAGUACAAUCUCCAACUCUAUCAGGGAUGUUCGGGAUGAAGAGAAUUAUCACACAGCUGACUCCACCAGUGUGACCUGGAGGACUCCCUUGGUGGUUUCACAUCAACACAUGAACAAAAGACCUCAACCCCUACCUCUAUUAGGUCCUAUCUCUUUGUCAAGCACAAGUAGACCCGAGAUAUACAAAAUGGGUAAAGUAGAAAACGCCCAUAUGGACGCCAUGAACACCUAUGUUAAUAUAGGCAAACCGGAAGCCCACAUUCAAUCGGAAAUAACAAUUCCAACCUCUAAUAACCUAAUCAAUUUACUUAAGAAAGAAGCAACGAAGAAAGAAAAAGUUAUGGAGCUAAAUCCUAAUAUCCCAUCAACAAUGGCGUCUUUUCUAGCAAACAUCCCUAAAGCUACUACUAAAUCCUACACCACCACUACAACAAUAACCACACCAUCUCCUCCAACACCUACAACCGUGUCACAAAUCUUAACAACAGAUCCACUUUUCAAACAUUACAAACAACCUGCGGAACCACUUCGAGGGCCUAUGUACCUAAUCAUACAAGGUCAUUCAAAGGUCAAGACUUAUGGUCCUGCCAAACAACUCUACGGUAUUAACGUACAAGAUCUCAAUGAGAUCUCUAAUUAUGACAAAGAUGCUUACAAGGACUUCCCAGUUAAACACCUGCAUAGUUAUCGCAAGAAGGAAGAAUAUCACCCGAUUACAAGGACAAUCAACGCACGUGGCAGGGCGUUAGACCUGAGUCAGUUGAGUUUGGCCGAUGUGGUCCAGACUGGAUAUGGUGCCAUAGACGAAAUUGAUAUAACAGAACAACCUCAGGUCAACACCGAAGAGACCACAUUAGAAGACAUCAAAGAGACUGAUUUGGUAGCCAAAUUCCAAGUAGCGUCCGAGGACAUUACACAGGAAGAAUACCACAAGGGGAUUGUAGAGGAGGUCACCAAGGAUCCACGCGUUUAAUUUCCGUAAUGAUGCAAACAAUGAGAGAGAGGCUUUAAAUUGAAAUUUCAAGAGGCUUUAUGUACACAUGUAAAAUAGUUCUAGAGUUGAUUACCUAAGCUUAGACUUAAAAAACACUAGAUACUAAUACUUAAAUAACGUAAAACGUAGUUAAUUUAUUAUUUUUAUUUGUGAUGUUUCUUUCACUGAUAUUUAUACUGAUAGGAUAUAAGAUUAAGAAAAUCAUUGAUUAUUUCGGUAGAGUUUUAGCGACCAGAGCGCGUUUGAUGAAUGUAAUAACAGUAUUUGCACGAAUAAAUAAAUAUAAUUAAAUUAA